AUGGCACGGCGACUAUCCUUGGUUAAGCCUCCCGGCGAGGAAGGCAAGGCGUGGCCUGCUAUUGUUAUUGGCUUGUUUGUUGCCUUUGGUGGUGUUCUCUUCGGAUAUGAUACUGGAACCAUCUCUGGUAUUCUGGCCAUGGAUUACUGGAUGAACCUGUUCUCGACGGGUUACCGUAACUCCACUGGACACCUCGAUGUGUCACCCGAACAGUCUUCAGCAAUUGUCUCGAUCCUCUCGGCCGGCACCUUUUUUGGUGCUCUUGCCUCUCCCCUGUUGGCCGACAACAUUGGUCGUCGCCUUGGUCUUGUUGUCUCUUCGGUAGUCUUCAUCCUGGGUGUUAUCCUACAAACGGCUGCAGUGGCCCUGCCGCUCUUCCUUGCUGGUCGAUUCUUCGCCGGCCUCGGAGUCGGUCUCCUGUCCGCCAUCGUUCCCUUGUACCAGUCCGAGACUGCUCCCAAGUGGAUUCGCGGCGCUAUUGUUGGCGCCUAUCAGCUUGCCAUCACGAUCGGUCUUCUCCUGGCUGCCAUCGUCAACUAUGCUACUCAGAACCGACAGGAUACUGGGUCUUACCGAAUUCCUAUCGCAGUGCAAUUCGCAUGGGCCAUCAUCCUCAUCGUCGGCAUGUUGAUCCUGCCGGAGACACCACGAUUCCUCAUCAAGAAGGGAAAGUACGAGCAGGCGGCACACGCUCUCAGCAGGCUCCGAAGACUCCCGGCCGACUCUGCGCCAAUCAAGGCCGAGCUCGGCGAGGUCAAGGCCAAUCACGACUACGAGAUGAGCAUUGGAAAGGCCAGCUACAUCGACUGCUUCAAGGGCCAGAUGCUCAAGCGCCAGCUUACGGGUAUGGGUAUCCAAGCUCUUCAGCAGCUGACAGGUAUCAACUUCAUCUUCUACUACGGCACCCAGUACUUCAAGAACUCGGGAAUUCAGGACGCCUUCACUAUUCAAAUGAUCACUUCGUGCAUCAAUGUUGUCUCUACCAUCCCUGGUCUAUGGGCCAUCGAUAAGCUUGGACGACGACCUCUGCUGCUAUGGGGAGCCGUCGGCAUGUGCGUGAGCCAGUUUAUCGUCGCCAUGUUGGGCACCUUGACCACCGGACAAGACUCAGCAGGUAACAUCAUUGUUUACAACGUUGCCGCGCAAAAGGCAGGCAUCGCUUUCGUCUGUAUCUACAUUUUCUUCUUCGCCUCCACGUGGGGACCAUUGGCCUGGGUUGUCACUGGCGAGAUUUUCCCCUUGAAGACUCGUGCAAGAAGUUUGUCCAUGACUACUGCCACAAACUGGCUGCUCAACUGGGCUAUCGCCUACGCUACCCCUUACCUCGUUAAUUUCGGUCCGGGUUACGCCAACCUACAAUCCAAGAUCUUUUUCGUCUGGUUUGCAGCUUGCUUUUUGUGCAUCGCCUUCGUCUAUUUCUUCAUCUACGAGACGAAGGGUUUCAGUCUGGAGGAGGUCGACGAGAUGUACAACGAAGUGAAGCUUGCACCACAGAGCGUGCACUGGAAGCCAACGACGACUUUCGCCCAGCGCCAAAACAUCGGGGAUGGUGUGUUGGGUGAUGACAAGGAUGUCACUCACGUCGAGAAAGAGGCCAUCUAA